AUGUCAGAUGAACUCAGCCAGAAAGCAGCUGAGGGACGGACAGCCGCUCCAGGAGAUGUGCAGGCCGAUGGUUCCUCAACACAUCCAUGUUCUCCCGUUUACUGUGGGCCAUACGUGGAAUCUGAAAAGGAAGUCAAAGCCAUUGCGGACUUUGUCCGUAGUCACCGUAAACUCAUCAAAGGAUAUAUCUCGAUCCACUCAUACUCCCAACUCCUUAUGUUUCCCUACGGCUACAACCAUUCACUUUCAGCUGAUCAUGAAGAGCUGAAUGCCCUAGCUCGGAAUGCGGUUGCGGAAUUGAGAAGCCUUCAUGGAACUGACUACAAAUAUGGUAGUGGUGCAAAGACAAUAUAUAUAGCAGCUGGAACUUCAGCUGACUGGGCCUAUGAUCUUGGCAUCAAAUACACAUUCAUCUUUGAACUCCGUGACACGGGCACGCAUGGCUUCCUGUUGCCUGAGUCCCUGAUCAAGGAAACAUGUGAAGAGACCAUGCUGGCAACCAACCACAUCGCUGCUUACAUCCUCAACCAUCCAUAUUAAACCUUUUAAUGAAGGGACAAAGUUAAAGAUGGAUGUAGACUGUCUUUAAAGUUUAGAUGUAGAAUUAAAAGCAGUUUUGAUUUUGCAAGUAGAAAUGAUUAAAUGUCUCUUUCAAAAGUAUAAUGGACUUGCAGAAGUUCAUUAGGAUAACAUUUGCCUUAGAUUAUUCGUCCUUGUUACAGGAUCAUAGAGUACAGAAGGAAGAUGUUUGGCUCAUGGUGUCUGUGAUGCCUUUGAAUAGGUGACAUAAUUAGAUCACUGUGGAAGUCCUUCCUGCUCCACAUUGACUGGAAAUAAUACAAGGGUGAAAUUGGGUCUUCGUCACUGGCACUGAAUGACCAUCAGUUAUACUCAUCUCCUUCUACUUAGUUCCAU